UUAUAGCUAAAGCAAAAUAUAUAGGUACUCUGGAUGUUCCACGACCUAGCAAUAGAUUGGAAAUAGUGGCUGUCAUGAGGCGUAUUAGGUAUGAAUUCAAGGCCAAAGGUAUGAGGAAGCGAAAAGUCAAUUUAAAUAUUUCUGUAGAAGGUAUAAAGGUUAGCCUUAAAAAAGGAAAAAAGAAAAACCAUUGGGUAUUAAAUGACAACAGAUUUUUAUUAAUGCAACAUCCUAUAUACAGGAUAUUUUAUGUUUCUCAUGACUCCCAAGACCUGAAAAUCUUCAGUUACAUUGCAAGAGAGGGAGGAAGUAAUGUUUUCAAAUGCAGUGUAUUCAAGUCCAAGAAAAAAGCUCAAGCCAUGAGGAUAGUACGUACUGUUGGCCAAGCAUUUGAAGUUUGUCAUAAGUUCAGUAAAACCUACACACCUUCAAGUGGAGAAAGUCAAGAAGAGUUUCAAGAAGAUAAGAAUAGAAGGGACUUUCUACAGUCCCCAAAUAAAAGUUGUUUACAUAGAGAUGGUACUUCAGAAACUGGUAGCUUUGACACUCAAGUUGGGGAACAAAUUCAUAGCAGCACUGCCCUUUCAUCCUCCAAGCAACAUCCCACUUGUCUACAAUCUACAGAAAUAGCUCCUUCCUUUACAGAUCUUCAAGUUGGAGAAAUGUAUGUUUCUCCACUGUGUGAUAGAAUAGGGAUAGGUAGGAGUAGUCUACCUGAAGGAUUGCCAGUUAGUGUUUACCACCAAGUGCAGUUACUUCAAGAACAGUUAGAGCAGCAGUCCCAGCAGACUCAGGUUACACUUUCACAGGUCCACAUGCUAAAAGAUAAGCUUACUGCAGAAAUCUCAGCUCGAUUGGAGGCUCAGUCCCACAACAAUCAGUUAAUGGCACACAAUAAAGAGCUUUUGGAACACAUUCAGAGUUUAAUACAGCACAUUCAAGUACUGGAGACAAAAGCUAACCAAUGGGAACCAAAUCAACAUCCUGUUUUGGGUGGAGUCACUUCUUCUUGUCAGUUAACUGAAAAGGACUCUACAGCAAGCUCCAAUACUUGUGGAAACUUACUUUUAAAGUCCAUUCAGCCUUGUUCUGUGUUACACAGUCCUUUUGCAGAAUGCAGCUCAAAACAACAGCAACAGUCUGCUGAAGUCAGUAACUCAGUAUCUUUAACAAGCUCAGAAAUGUCCAAGUUACAUAAUAAUUCUCAGGAUAAAUUUUCUGAUUAUAUUACUAGUGUUUCCCAUUCUAACAGCCCACCCCGCCUCAGUUUUGUUUCUUCUUUUAAUGACCUACUUCUGUCUCCAACAUCGAAACCUCUAACUACAACUUCAUGCAAUGUUGGUACUUUACCUUUCAGGCUUAAUAGUGUGAAUAAUGCUUCUUCUUUCUCCCCUGUAACAACGGUUGAACCCUGUUCAAUGCUAGAUCUACCUCGAACAAGUAGGAAUGAAAAAUCCUCAUCCGAUAUUUCUGUUGGGGACCACCAGAGGGACCACAUAGAUCAGUUUUCAGACUUUUCCACUUGGAAUUUGCCACCUAGAUCUCACUCAGGACUUUCUUCUAGUACUGAAAGCUAUGGGCAUCAGUGCAGCUUCUCCAAGAACCAAGAAACUUUUAUAACACAAGUUACUGAUGAUUUUUUAAAACUAGGUCUUCUCGGUCAAGAACUAGUAUUAACAGAGUCUGACAUUGCAGGAAGUAAUGCCAGUCCUGUAGUGUCUUCUCAGGUGCCUGACAAAAGCUGAUAUUGCUUGCCAUAUCUAAAUGAUCAGAUAAUAUUUGCUUACAUUAACAUAUAAAUAUACCAAGAAACAAAAUACUCAGUUUAAUGUUCUUUCUACCUAUUAGUUUAGCAAUUUUUAAAUUGUACACAAUGUCUAGCUUGCUUUUGCUUGAAACUUGCAGGGUAGACAGGAAGUAAUUAUACAUUCCACAAGCGUAAUUUCUAUUUAUGAAGUUGAUUGUUUUCUUCUGUAAUUUAGAAUCAUAAGAAGUAUGUAGAUGUUUCUUUAUAAUUGUUUACAAAUUUCCCUAGGAAUAAAAACGUUUUUUUUUUGUUUUUUUUUGCAACUGUGAACAAAUUGCAAAGCUCUUAUUUUAUCUGGAUUUAAAGAAAUUUGUAUAUUAUAAAUUAUUGUUUUACUCACAAAUAAAUGUUAACAUUUAGGAUUUUUAAUAUAAAUCAGUGAUAAUUUUGUAUUACAUAAAAAAAAAAGUUGACAGUAUUUUCCUCUUCUAGUAUUAUAAUGCAUAUGUUACCUUACAAAAAAUUUGUGGUAUACUUGGUUGUCAAACUGACCUUCAACUAAGUUUUUAAUAAAUAUGUCAUGUGAGUUGAAAUAUACAUUUACAUCUACAAAAAAAAUUAAACUGUAUGAAAUGUUAGCAAAAGUUUAGUGGAGAAAAAUGCAUCAUUAAAAUGUGACUUUAAUACCAUGCUAAAAUUUUAUUGGAGGAUGAUAUGGUGACACUAUAAGUACUAUUGAUAUGUUAAGAAGUACCUUUCUUAGUUUGUCAAGCUAACCUAUGUUGAACGGAGUAGUGUGAAGUUAUCUAUUAUCUUCUUAUUGAUAAGUCGUUAUGUUAUGAUAUAAAGCUGUUUCUGUUAAUUGUAAUAAAGAAAAAGAUAUCUUUAAUAGCUUAAUCAGUUUGACUUUCCAUGAUGUGUAUUAAGUAGUCAAUGAGGCUGUUGGUGUUUUCUAUCUUUGUUGAUUUUUGUAUUCAUAUUAUAAUAAACUUGAAUGUAUUUCAGUUUCCACAUGUACAGAGAAAAGUUGCUUCUUAUCUACCCUUAAGUUACGGAAACAAGCAGUUUUGUUAGCUAUAUUAUCUUCUGUUUAAAACUGACCAGCUGAAUGUGGCAUGAAAAGUCAGUACACAUAAGCAGUGAGUCCAUUUUAAACAGAAAAAUGAAGAUCUUUCUCUACAGAAUGUUUUAGUUAUUAUUUAGUAUGGUUGGUCAGAAAAAGUAUCUGACAAAUUAAAAUGUUUUUGUGACUAUAUUUCUAAUAUUAGAUUUUGUUUGUGACCAACAUAUUUUUUAUAUCAUACCUCAUAUUCAUUAUUACUGUAUGCUUCAAUGGAGAAAAAUAUUUGUUGACUGUUCUGAAAUUAGGACGUAUUAUCACUCUGAAAAUUCGGUGGAUUUUGUUAUCUCACUGGUAAUAUUUGUUAUAUAUCUUUAUUUCAUAUUUUUUAUGCAGCUAAAUAUUUUGUCCUUAUGAAAUUGUACUGCAAAAGUGUAUUUUUGUAUUAUCUGAAUCUCAUAUAUAUUACUUAUUCUAUUUUUUCCAUUAUUUGUCCUAUUUGAAUAACUGACACUUCAUAUUUUGUACAAUUCCUCUUUAUUAACUUAUAUCUAUCACUCAUUCUCUUCAUAAAGUCUUAAGAGAUAGUCAUGUAGCUUGAAAAAUUGUGAAAGUUUAAGAGUAUGCUGAUUUAUACUUUGCUUUGGCCAACUAUCAUGCUUAAAGGCUCCACGUUUGAAGUUCCUAAAACUUGUGUCUUUUAGCUAAGAAAGACUCAAUUUGUGGACUUCAAUCUCCUUGUUUGUUUAAGAAUCUCAAUGUCUCUACAUCAGUAAUGAGUCAAAGUAUCCCUUGUUUAAGAUGAACACUUCCUCUGAACUGGUAUUUAUGUGUUUGUACAAAAUUGAAAGAUAGAAUUAAAGCUGUAAAAGUAUGUUUCAUAUACAUGUAUAGUUUUAAAACAGUAAUUCCAGCCAACUUGUGCAUGUACUUCCUCCUUCUUCUACCUAAUCCAUCUUUGACAUAACUUAUGGUUUCUUAGUUAACUUUAGAACUUAUUUUUACAUUGACUUAAUCCAUAGAAAUAAUUUUUCAUAUUUAGUAAAAUGUACUUCAUUUUGUUUCCAAACAUUGUCUACAUUUUCUCCAACAGUAUUAAAAUCAUUUAAUUUCUUUUGUAAAGUUCAUUAUUUAUAUCAUAAUACAACUAAUAAUACCUUUAUUGUUUAUAAUUUUUUACAUUUUUUUCGUUUAUUUGUUACUGCUUGAAAUUUGAAAAAUUCAUGCACCUGAUUCAAGAAGGUGAUAUGGUGAUGGGCUUUCGCUUUUGUGUUUACAAAUAUUGUAUUUUGUUCUGAAAAACCUGCCACAGCUAGAAUAUUUGCUAGGAAAUGAUUUUGCUUUUUUUGUGUGUGUGUAAAGUGGAUGCAAGUUUUAAACUUGUCACAUUCAAAGUGCUCAACCAAAUUUGUCCUGAAUAUAAGCACAUGUAGCUUAUCAUUUAAGAAAGUUAUUCUUAAUGAAAAUACUCUAAUUAAUAUUUUUUUAAAAUAUGUUUGUAGAUUUUAAGAUAUUUUCUAUAAUAAUAAUGUGUUUUCAUCAUUUAAUGCUACUAAAACAUAAUGUUAAGAUGUUUUUUUUGGGGGGGGGCAGGCAUUUGGCAAGACUAAGUACAUAUAGGCCAUGGUUGUUUGUUGGUUGUCUUCUGCACAACAACAUUUCUUGGGUAAAAUGUUUUGCUAAGGGUUUGAAAUUUAAUUAUUGUAUGAUCGUACCAGUAUUUGAGAUUUGUAAAACAACCAAUGUGCUUACUAAUAUCUUUGUGCCAUAAAUGGUAAAUAUUACACUUGAAAUGUUAAAGAUCAAUAUUUCCUAAUACCAAUGAAUGUUACUAUAAAAAUAAUCGCAUGUGGUGUUCAAAAUACUGUUUUUGUGUUAAAAGCAUUCCCUAGUGGUUACAAGUGCAAUAACUUGUUUCAUACUCUGGUAUUUAAUUAUUGCAUACGUACAGAACUUAUAAAUUUCCAGUCCUUUCUAUUUUUUUCCAUUCGUCUUUCCCAGCAAAUGAAUAGCCUGUAUAUGUAUUGCCUCUUAAGUGAUUCUUUUGUUAUUUUAGGGAAAAAAUACAUACUGCUGGAUGUGUAUAUUCAGGUACCUGUCAGAGCAGUAGGCUUUGCUUAAUUUUGUGUAUUAAAAACACUAUACAUAAGUCUGAGUGAAGCAAAUAAAUAAGUGAAGGAGGAUGUAUCAUAUUUCUAUUUGAAAAAAUAUUACGGGCAUUAACAAAAAAAAAAUAACUUUUAAUAUUGCUCAAUGAAUAUUUCAUACUAGACUUUAAAUAAAACUGGUUGUUACCAUAAUCUGUGGAAAAAUUUAGUUUGUAAAGAAACCAUAUUUUGUUUGGUUAAUAAUAAGCUCUUACUACUA